AUGUCGAGCGCGAUUUUAACCGCCGACAUUACCCAGUGCCUUGAUUUGGUGCCUUCAAAUGCAGCUGGUAAUGAUCGAAUGCGGCUGAUGAAUGAGGCAUUGACGAAUGCAGUUUGGUCGCCCCAAAACAUUGGCGAUCAAAAGCUGGUAACAGUCCAGAAGCCUUUGCUGUUUCAAGUAUGCAUGGUAGAAAAUAUAGGAAAAUCUAAACUAAGCCAGCUGGACGAUCUCAAGAUGCGCAUCGACCCCAAAACGCAGCGGAUUGACCGUGUCAGCACAUCGAAGAAUGGGCCCGGAACGACUGACGGUAACACAGACUCGGGAAGACAGCUCAUUACGACAAUGGACAUAGAGGCAGAUGUGCCAGCGGAUCUAGAGCCCACACCAGUGCCAGUGCGUGACAAGUCGGUGUUUAAGCUUACUUUGCAGGACAAAUCGGGAGCCAUGUAUUUUGCGAUAAACUUGUCUUCGCUCAACUUCCUCAAAAACGAUGGCAAUUCUUGUAUUCUAGGGUCCAAACUUGUGAUUUUGCCAGGAGCCGUCUUCAACCGCGGGAUGUUUACACUGCGAGACAGCACCGUAACAUUCAUGGGCGGAAUGAUACAGUCGUGGAAUCGGGGGCGAGACUACAAGCUUUGUGAGUACCUGGAGGCGCAAUUGGAUCCGCAGAAUGUUGCGACCACCAGAAAGCGCAAAGCUCCAGCAGGAUGA